GUGGGGAAACUAGGAGAUAUUAGCUGAAUGCUAACCGCCUGACGGAGAAACUCGGUUAGAAGUUCAGUACGAAGUUUUGGAAAACGCUGCGGUGCAGAAUCUCGUGUGUGUGAGAGAGAGAGAGAGUGUGUGUGUGUGUGUGUGUGUGUGUGUGAGAGAGAGAGAGUGUAAGUGAGUGGGAGUGAGUGAAUGUGUGAGCUGGAACGUUUACACAGGGAUAUAAGAUCAGGACUAGCGGAAGGCGGAUGGGAGACUGAGGCAGAGACCGAGGCAGAGGCAGAGCUGGGGGCGAGUCAGCGCUCAGUGCCCGGGUUCAGCCGCUAAACCACGGGCCGAGAGAAAGGAACUAUUGUACAGAUACAUAUCUCUCCUCUUGCCGUGGUCUUUUGUGGAGAGUUUGUUUCCCCCAUGGCGGGCGGGGGAGGAACGGCCCCUCCAAUGUGGUAUCACAGGGACCUGAGCCGCGCCGCCGCGGAGGAGCUGCUGGCUCGAGCCGGCCGGGACGGGAGCUUCCUAGUCCGGGACAGUGAGAGUGUGAGCGGCGCCUACGCCCUGUGUGUGCUAUACCAGAAGCAUGUACACACAUACAGAAUCUUACCUGAUGAGGAAAACUUUCUAGCUGUGCAGACAUCUCAGGGAGUGCAGCCAAAGAGGUUUAAGACGUUACCUGAGCUGAUUCAGCUCUACCUUCAGCCUAAUCAGGGUCUUGUCACCACCCUGCUGCUGCCCGUGGAGAGAGAGGAAUGUUUGGACGAAAGAGAUUAUUCUGAUGGAGAGGAUGAUAAACCUCCACUUCCUCCACGAACUGGCUCCUGUAGCUCCGCCCUUGUCAGUAUAGACACACCCACUGAGAGUGGGUCAGUAGGGAAUGGUUUGACUACCAUCUCUCAUGAGUAUUUAAAGGGAAGUUAUGCACUGGAUCUGGAAGCAGUGAAACAGGGAGCGAGCAGUCUGCCUCACCUCAACAAGACACUGGUGUCAUCCUGCAAACGCCUGCACGGAGAGGUGGAUAAGGUGUUAUCUGGAUUAGAGAUUCUGUCGAAGGUGUUUGAUCAGCAGAGUGCCUCCAUGGUGUCCAGGAUGAUUCAGCAGUCUGUAAAUCAGGGUGGAGAUCAGGAACUGGAGAAUCUAGUCACCAAACUGGCCAUCCUCAAAGACCUGCUGUCCUCCAUAGAGAAGAAGGCCCUGAAAGCCCUGCAGGAUAUCAGUGUGUCGUCUCCUCUUGCUCCCCUAACACGUUACAGCAAGGCCAUUCCUGUCCAGGCCUUUGAGGUGAAGCCCGAUGUGUAUCUAGCUGAACUGGCUAAAAUAGGGAAGAGUCAGAAACACACACUCAGUGUGGACGUGGAGGCGGGAAAACUGGUGGUGAUGAAGAAAAUGAAGGACACACAGGAGGACUGGACAACCUACACCCAUGACAAGAGUGAGACAGGAAUCAGACAGCUGAUUAAAUCACAGAGAAUGCCAAAUAAACUGGGCAUCGUGCUUGAGAAGGAGAAGGACAAGAGCCAGAGGAAAGACUUCAUCUUUCCCAGUGCUAAAAAAAGGGAAGCGUUCUGCCAACUGCUGCAGCUGAUGAAAAACAAACAUUCAAACCAGGAUGAACCGGACAUGAUUUCCAUCUUUAUAGGGACAUGGAACAUGGGCAGUGUUCCUGCUCCGAAGGCUGUUGGGUCGUGGCUGUUAUCUCGAGGUUUGGGUAAAACUCUGGAUGAGAUGACGGUCACUAUUCCUCAUGACAUCUACGUGUUUGGAACUCAGGAGAACUCAGUGUGUGAUAAGGAGUGGGUGGAGAACUUGAGAGCUGCUCUCAAAGACUACACUGAGAUCGACUACAAACCAGUCGCUGUUCAGACUCUGUGGAAUAUUAAGAUUGUGGUUCUGGUGAAGCCUGAACAUGAAAACCGGAUCAGUCAUGUUGGGAUGUCCAGUGUCAAAACAGGGAUUGCUAACACUCUGGGUAAUAAAGGGGCAGUGGGCGUGUCCUUUAUGUUUAACGGAACAUCAUUUGGCUUUGUGAACUGUCACCUGACAUCUGGGAAUGAAAAGAUCCACAGGCGGAACCAGAACUACCUGGACAUCUUGCGCCAGCUCUCACUGGGAGACAAACAGCUCAACUCCUUUGACAUCUCACUGCGCUUCACACACCUGUUCUGGUUUGGUGACCUCAACUACAGACUGGAUAUGGACAUACAGGAAAUCCUGAACUACAUAAACAGGAAGGAGUUUGAGCCACUGUUGAAGGUGGACCAGCUCAAUCUGGAGAGGGAGAAGAACAAGGUCUUCCUCCGCUUUGCGGAGGAGGAGAUCACGUACCCCCCCACAUACCGAUAUGAGAGAGGAUCUCGUGAUACUUACGUCUGGCAAAAGCAGAAAGCCACAGGGAUGAGGACGAAUGUGCCGUCAUGGUGUGACCGGAUCCUGUGGAAGUCUUAUCCAGAAACACACAUCGUCUCUAACUCCUACGGCUGCACAGACGACAUCGUCACCAGUGACCACUCCCCUGUGUUUGCGACGUUCGAGGUGGGCGUGACAUCACAAUUUGUUUCGAAAAAAGGUUUGCAGAAAUCCUCAGAACAGGCGUAUAUUGAGUUUGAGAACAUUGAGGCCAUUGUUAAGACGGCCAGCAGAACCAAGUUCUUUAUCGAGUUCUACUCCACGUGUCUGGAAGAGUUUAAGAAGAGUUAUGAGAACGAUUCUCAGAGCAGUGAUAAUAUAAACUUCCUGCGUGUGAGCUGGUCCUCGAAGCAGCUGACCACACUGAAGCCCAUUCUGUCUGACAUCGAGUACCUGCAGGACCAGCACCUGCUGCUUACUGUCAAAUCCCUUGAUGGAUACGAGUCCUACGGAGAGUGCGUGUUGGCUCUAAAGUCGAUGAUUGGUAGCACAGCUCAGCAGUUCCACACAUACCUGUCUCACCGAGGUGAAGAGACUGGCAACAUUCGCGGCUCCAUGAGGGUUAGAGUGCCUUCUGAGAGAAUGGGAACCAGAGAGAGACUGUAUGAGUGGAUUAGCGUUGAUAAGGACGAGACCGGAGGGCCAAAAGGGAAAACACUGCCCCCUAGAGCUGGACAUGAUUACAUCAAACCAAUAACAAGCAGGAAGGAGCUGAGUAAAGUUUCAGAGGAGGGAGAGAAAAACACUGCAGGACGACCUGCAUACACACACACUACUUCUAAAGAGGAUAACACGCAGACCAGAUCCAAACAGACAGAGUCUGCAGAUGGAGACGCAACCACAUGCAAAAAUAGCUUCAACAACCCCGCCUACUAUAUUCUUGAGGGUGUUCCUAACCAGUCAGCUGCUCUGGCUGCAGACCUGCUCCCAGGUUCUACCCUCUCUCCACCAGCUACAUCCAAAUCGCCGCCCCCUGCAGGUGGAGCUGGAAAAGGAAAAGGUUCCAUCCAGGGCCUUAAACAGACAAGUGGUCGUUCAACGCGGCCAAUCAGUGAGGAGGGUGGAACCUCUGAGGAAGACGGAAGUUCGGGGCUGACCCGCCCACCUCCAGACUUCCCGCCCCCGCCUCUUCCUAAAAGUGCCCUCGAAGUGUCGGACACCUCGUUUUUUCAGAAAGAAAACAAACCCCGGCUGCACCCCGAUUUGGCAGAUAUCAAGAUUCCUGCAAAUGUUUCCUCCAAGCCUCUCCCCUCCCCCAGUUUUGCCCCACCCACGGGAGGCGGAGCUUUCUGUCUGGACUCUUCUCUGGGGCCCUCAGCUUUUAGAAGAGGAGGCGGGGCUUCAGGAGCAGAUGACCAAUCAUGUUCAGUCCUUCAUUUGGCCAAGAAACUGAGUGAAGUGGAAUAUGUGGCUGGAACAGGAGGUGCUGGAGGGGCAGCAGUUAAAGGGGGCGGAGCCAUUCACAAUCGAGGAAUGGGAUUUGGUGAAAGCUGUCGCACUUUUCCCCCUCGCUCUAUUCCAGAAGAGAUCAUGACUGAGGACCUUCCUGAGGAGGCUAUGUGGCAGGGUGGUAGCAGCAGCAGUAGUCUGUCGGUGGACUCCAGCGUGGGUGAGUGGCUGCAGAGACUCGGACUGGAGCGCUAUGAGGAGGGAUUGCUGAGGAACGGCUGGGAUGACCUUGAGUUCCUCAGUGACAUCACUGAGGAGGACUUGGAGGAGGCAGGUGUUCUAGACCCCGCCCAUAAGAUGAUCCUAUUGGCCAGUUUAAGACAACAGCAGCAGCAGAACCGAGUUCUAACAGAAGUCCACAUUUGAGCGACAGAUUCACUACAGGCCUGCAGCUGGAGAUCAACUUCCUGCUUCCUCACAGAGGAGGAAGUGACCUCACCUAAACACACCUGAAAGCUUCUCCCACAUUCCGUGUGUUUUCUCUGAUUGACUUUAUUUAGUGUUGAUCAUUUUAAUAAACAAAAGAGAAAGAAAGAAGCCAAAUUCAGUCCUUUUCAGUUUAUCAAUUUAAUUGAGUUAGAUAAAGAAAAUACACCAGUUUAUUGUUGUGUGUGUGUGUGUGUGUGUGUGUGUGUGUGUGUGUGUGUGUGUGUGUGUGUGUGACAUUUAAAGUGUUCUCGUUUUGAAUACUGUUUCUUUAUGAUUGUUGAAAUGCUGAACACUAGCGCUAAUGCGUGUGAGAUGUUUGGUUUCUAAAUGACCAACAUGGAUUAAGACUCUUGAACUCAGUUUAGUUCAGUACUUUACAGUUUUGCUUUAAUUGGAAAAUUUCUUCUUCUUUUUUUAAAACGGACACUAUUUUGUAAUACUCGAUGUGAUCCGGAGUUACCGGAAGUAGCCACCAGGCGGCGCUGCAGAUUAUUUUUUAAGGGAUUUGUCUGUGUACUGAUUGUGUGCGCACGCGUUCGCGAUUAAAUUGAAAACUAUACAAAAUAAAACAAUUUUAACAUGAA